GGGGCUUCUUGCAGUCGCGCUCAGUGUUUCAGUGUUUCACUACUUUUACCGACUCCCAUUCACAAACUCAUAAACGCAACUCUCAUUGCCCUUGCUGUUCUUUUCCAACGCGUGCGUCUUUGAGCUUCAGGUCCCAAGGUCAGCACUUAGUUACGCCUCCCGUGGUCAAGAUGGCCACCUUUUUCCAAAGCGUUCGCAGUUUCACGCGAGGAAACACGAAAAGCAACCAGAACCUCAAAGGCCAAUAUAGCGGUCAAAACUCUCCCGUAUCCCAGCAUGCUCCUCCUCUCCCUUCACUCACCAACUCUCCCUCCAUGUCAUCCUCCUUUGGCCAAGAGAGCGGCUUCUACAAUGAGCAUGAACCCAAGAGGUUUCUCAAUGAAAAAUAUGCAAAGUGCUCCGUCAAGGGCAACUUUCUGACACUUGCUGCACAACCCAAGAAUGUCGAAUUGGGAGAAUGGCUGGCCCAUCAAUUGGUCGAGAUGAAUCGCCUUCUCACAGGCCUCAUCCAGGUCAUCCAAGAAGUCGACACCAAUACGGGUCUGCCUCUGUGCAACGAACACUCUUGUCCAACAAUGUCUGCGGGACGCCUCACAUACACCUGGUUGGAGGGAGGUCGUCCUGCCAAAAUCCCAGCCCCCUCAUACAUUGUCCGGGUUCAGCGCUGGAUUGUCGGCAAGAUUCAUGAUGAGAAUGUCUUUCCCACCACACCCCCACCAGCCAUUUCCUCCACCACGUACCUCUCUGGAGAUGUUGGCUCGAAUCCCUCGUCCGCCAUCACCCCCAUCGCCGCCCCGCCAUCAAACUUGAAUCAGUCUCUCUCUUCACCCGAAGAGAAUUGGAUUGGCAGAUCCAGCGGAUUCCCAUCUAAUUUCCACGGCGACGUCAAAUCCAUCGUCAAGCAAAUGUUCCGAUGCUAUGCCCAUUUGUACCACAAUCAUUGGGACAAUCCAUUUUGGCACAUCAACCGACAUCUCGAACUGAAUUCUUGUUUCGUUCACUUCAUCACGGUGGCCAUGUAUUACGACCUUCUGCCAAGAAAGGACAUGGAACCGCUGCAGGGCCUGGUUGAUAUUUUCAUCUCGCAAGGGGUUGUACCCAAGGAGGCUGUCAGCCAACAUGUUUCGUGAGAUGAGCGUAGCACAGAGAACGCCUUGGGUUUGAGCGUUACCAUCAAUCAGCCAAUCAACCGGAUAUUCUGCAUUUAGCGAUCACGGCUAAUAGGCGUUUGGGGGAAGUGCAUGUUGCAUGUUACGACACUAUGAAUUGACAGGAGCAAAGACUGCGCAGACAGACGACGAAAUCUCGCCCCAGGAUAAAGGAUAGGGCUAGAUCUUGCCUGAUCACAGACAGAAAUUCAUCUUUGCUUUCGAUCUGCCUGGGUUUCAAUGCAACUAUUGGUUCACAUGACGCAUGUGACACUAUUCCUGACCUUCCAUGUGUCUUCAUCCAUCGUGAUCACUCCUGUAAUCACAAAAGGCUGGAUGUAUCUUCUCUUGAAUCAGG